AUGAUUGGAUUGUUGAUCACACAGGAAUUUUUCCUCAGUCUUUUAAACUCAGCCUCAACGAAGCGAGAAGCCAAACAAUAUCUAUCGCGAUUCAAAAAUAGCCCUCCGGAAGCCAACACAAAACCCGAUGAAGCUUCCAAGGAACGCGAGCCAUCCUUACCCUCCGGGGUAAACCUUGGCUCCUUUUACGGUGCCUCCAGAGCAGUGUACGAUAGUCCCGUGUUUCGACAAAAUGCCACUCCAGCUCCACGUGGACAGGAACCCUUUGAGAGGCUACACCUCGCUCUGAUCAAGAUCACUACACCACAAUCGCUCGAUGACUCAGUCAUCAAUGGUGUGGCUAGAACUCUAUCGCAGCUAGUUCGCCUGGGAAUGGCAUGCUGCGUGGUAAUUGACCCUGGCGAUGUGGAUAACGCUGUAGUGCGACAAACGGCCAUCGCGCAGGCAAAUCGACUCUCGUCAGCGGUUGAUGAACAACCAGAUUCAAAAUCCUUUCGCCUGGACUCCGCUCUUUCGAUCUCUUCAGAAGUGCCCAGCCAACCCAGAGUGUCGUCCCGGAAGGGGCUACUAGCACCCCUCCGAGACGGACACGUAGUCAUUGUGACACCAGUCGCGUACCUGGAAGAAAACCCCAAGGCCGUUUCGGUGUCCGCAGAUGAUGCUGUCAUUGCUCUGACCAAAGAAUUUGCUGGGCUUUCUACCAAUCCAGACCCGGAUGAAGAUCCUGCAGUCACUGCAGAGCGAAUUGGAUCUUUGCAGAAGGAGGUGGCGUUGGACCGAGUGAUUCUCUUGCAUCCCCUUGGAGGAAUCCCUUCUUUUAGAGGUCCCCAGCAAUCUCAUGUUUUCAUCAACAUGGAGCAAGAGUUUGACGACAUUGAGGAGGAACUGCUCCAGAUUCGAAGCUCAUUCUGUGGGGAAGGGGCUAACAAAAUAGCCAAUCCCAAUCUAGAUGCAGCCUAUACAAUCCUGGAUAGCAACCCUUUCUCCAAGUUCGCGACCAAUGAGAUUGGAUCACCUCGACCAGAGACAUCAGAGCAAUUACCCGGGUCCAUGACGAUGGGACCAGUCAUUGAUGGGCACCUGCAAAAUCUCCAUUUAUCCCAGAAAACCCUUGCCCUGUUACCGGCGACAGCUUCAAGCAUAAUCACUUCCCCACAAGAAGUCGCCAACUCUUCACGCCCAGCUGAGAAUACUGCGUCAGAUUUGUCGGCCGUUGGAACCCGACGACAACGUAAUCCUCUCAUCCAUAAUCUUCUCACCGACAAGCCUCUUCUCUCCUCAUCGCUCCCUCUAGGCCGACGUGGUCCUGCCAAUGGCCGACGACCCAGUGCGCUCAGCCCUUUUACAUCCCAUACAACCUUCGUCAAGCGUGGGAUGCCCCUCACUCUUCUCCCGAACCCGCAUGUGCAGGUAUGGUCAGCUCAGCAUCAGCCACGACUGCAACUGAACGACUCAUCAAUCGACCUACCUCGACUGGUACAUCUUAUUGAAGAUUCCUUCGACCGAAAGCUUGACGUUCAAAACUAUCUAGAGCGAGUCAAUGAUCGUAUCGCUGGUCUCAUUAUCGCUGGCGAAUACGAAGGCGGCGCGAUCUUGACUUGGGAAACACCCCCUGGCGUGGUUGAUGAUGGAAGUCCCGAAAGUGUCUCCCGCAUGGUUCCAUACCUUGACAAAUUUGCUGUCCUCAAACGCAGCCAGGGUGCAGGUGGUGUUGCUGAUGUAGUAUUUAAUGCCAUGGUGCGCACCUGUUUCCCCAACGGCGUCUGCUGGCGCAGUCGCAAGGACAACCCGGUCAACAAAUGGUAUUUCGAGCGAUCGGCGGGUACCUGGAAACUGGCUGAUAGCAAUUGGACUAUGUUCUGGACGACUGCUGGAUUACCCGAAGAUUCGCAGCAGUUCCAAGACUAUGAAGCCGUGUGUCGAGCUAUUCAGCCUAGCUGGGCUGACAAAAAGAGUGUGAUUGAUUGA